AUGAUAAGUAGUGUUAAAGUUCAGCCGGAUCUCGAUACGUUGCGUCAGUUGCAAGACGAUAAUGAUGCCAGUGUGAAUAUGUAUCCCGUUUAUGCUUUCCUGUCAGGUGUUGAUCUGACUCCGCAUGUGGCUUAUUUGAGACUGGCACAGUUGAACGACCCUAAGAGGUCUGAAUCCUUUUUAUUGGAGAGUGCUAAGUCGGCAACAGAGCUAGAUCGUUACUCCUUCAUUGGUGUAGCUCCACGUAAGGUGAUCAAGACAGGCCCUCUAGAGGGUGUGGAGGUGGAUCCGCUUGAUGUGUUGGAGAAAGAGAUGAGUGGUUAUAAACUGGCCGAGAAUGUCCCCGGUUUGCCAAAGUUAAGCGGUGGUGCUAUCGGUUACAUCUCUUAUGAUUGUGUUCGUUAUUUUGAGCCGAAGACCAGAAAACCUUUGAAGGAUGUUUUGCAAGUACCAGAAGCCUAUUUCAUGAUGUCUGAUACGGUUGUUGCAUUUGACCAUGUUUUUCAAAGGUUCCAAAUUAUUCACAACAUUAAUAUUGACGAGACGACUCUUGAAGAAGGCUACAAAACUGCACAGGAAAAAAUUAUAGAUAUUGUCAAGAGAUUGACCGAUUUUAACUCUCCCGUACCAUACCCUGUACAGCCUCCUAUUAAAUUGAACCAGGAUUUCGUGUCGAAUGUUGGACAGGAAGGUUACGAAGCUCAUGUUACCAAGUUGAAGGGACAUAUCAAGAAGGGUGAUAUCAUACAGGCAGUGCCAUCUCAGCGUGUUGCUAGGCCGACCUCGCUGCAUCCUUUCAAUAUUUACAGACAUUUGAGAACGGUGAACCCAUCUCCAUACCUUUUCUAUAUCGACUGUCUCGAUUUCCAAAUAAUUGGUGCUUCACCAGAACUGCUGUGUAAAUCAGACAAUAAGAAUAAGGUUAUCACUCAUCCUAUUGCAGGUACUGUGAAGAGAGGUAAGACUACAGAGGAGGACGAUAUUUUGGCUGCACAAUUAAGUUCCUCUUUGAAAGAUCGUGCCGAACACAUUAUGUUGGUUGAUCUGGCAAGGAACGAUGUGAAUAGGAUCUGUGAUCCGAAAACAACUAACGUUGAUAAGUUGCUGACAGUGCAGAGAUUUUCUCACGUCCAACACUUGGUCUCCCAAGUCAGUGGUACACUGAGAGAGGAUAAGACAAGAUUUGACGCACUAAGAUCAAUUUUCCCAGCAGGUACCGUCAGUGGUGCACCAAAGGUGAAAGCGAUGGAGCUAAUUGCUGAACUCGAAGGUGAAAGACGUGGUGUAUAUGCUGGUGCCGUAGGUAAUUGGUCCUACGAUGGUAAGACCAUGGAUACCUGUAUCGCUUUGAGAACGAUGGUAUUCAAGGACGGUGUAGCUUACUUGCAAGCAGGUGGUGGGAUUGUUUACGAUUCAGAUGAAUAUGAUGAGUACAUUGAGACAAUGAAUAAGAUGAUGGCCAAUAACGCAACAAUCGUCCAAGCGGAAGAAGUCUGGGCUUCUCGUGUUGGUAGUGUAUGA